UUACCUCUGCUCUUUACGCUCUCUCCAGGAACAAAGACAGAAGCCGUGCAGGGACCGAAGCUGUCAGUGAGCUGUCGGUGUCCGUCCACAGCCACAGUCAGACUAAAGCUCUGUAAUGGGAAAAGAGAAGAGGAGUUGCAUUCAACGUUGUUCGGCUUUUCACCGCACAGACAAACGAGCGAGAGGAGAAUAUAGCAGCUGAGAAGUUCACGGGUCUUUCUGUAACAUCUGGCACUUUGCUCUACUUGAGCUGAAAGCGAGAGAGGCUGACUUCACGUUAACAGCCGAUUUCAUCAACUGUUCAGCUCGACGAGUUCACAGCAGUAAGGUUGCUAUGGUGAACAGCAGGGUGGAGGCACCCGCGGUGGCAGUGAUGGGCGGUGGCGGAGGGACAGCGGGCAGGCUAUGUGCAGGAUGUGGAGGUCGAAUCGCAGACCGCUUCCUGCUCUUCUCCAUGGAGCGGUACUGGCACACACGGUGCCUCAAGUGCUCCUGCUGCCAUGCUCAGCUGGGCGAAUACAGCAGCACCUGCUACAGCAAAGGAGGCAUGAUCCUCUGCAAGAACGACUACAUCAGGCUGUUUGGACACAGUGGGGCCUGUAGUGCUUGUGGACAGUCUAUACCUGCCAGUGAGAUGGUGAUGCGAGCACAAGGCAACGUGUACCACCUCAAGUGUUUUACCUGUGCGACCUGUAGGAACCGCCUGGUGCCUGGCGAUCGCUUUCACUACAUCAAUGGGACGAUCUUCUGUGAACACGACCGGCCGGGAGGUGGUCUGCUCAGUGGACAUCCAACUCCACUGCAGGCCAACAGCAUGAUGUCUGACCAGAAGGUCUGCUGAGGACGAAGAUAAAAAAAACCAAAUGUGUGCCUUCUCCCCCACCUUACUCCUCUGUCUCUCCUUCACCGAGCCCCCUCCCUCCUCCCCUCCCUCUACCUGUAAAUCCUGCCAUUGGUUGACCACCCUUCACCCUGAUGAACUGUCACUCUACAGUCUGGAUGUAGCCACUCCUGCUACUCCUUUAGAUUUUAACAUCCCAACAGACAUUGGUCUCUCUUAGUAGACUGAGAGGAGUGAAAUCUGGACAAGUGCAGUCCCCCAUUGGAGGGCUGAGGAUGCCGAGGAUGGCUGGAACUUAUUUAUACAGUAGACUGAAGUCUAUUGUGAACUGUGGCAAUGUGACUAAUAAGAAGUGGCAUGGCUAGUGGGGGACAAAUAGAAGACUACCGUGGAAUACAUUACCUUUAUCCAGCUAACCAGUGGACAUUUAUUACUAAGGGAAGACUGGCAGCAGUGCAGUUUCUGCAAGCGCUAAAACACAUUCAAAAUCACACAGACCACAAACAUAUUUUGACCUUUUUUUGUUUUGUGUUUUGGUUUAAGGAAAAAAAUGUAUGUUUCUUUUGAGUCAUGAAUUCUACUGCUGAGUGUGUCCUCCCAGACAGAGAGACAGGUGAAAAAGAAAACAUCUAUAUUGAUACUUAAACUGUUUCUCUGUGUAAUUCUCUUUCAGUUUUCAACAAACAUGUUAGUGUUGGCUUUUUUUUUUUUUUUCCCACUUUUCAUCACUUGGGGAAGUGAUAGUCACCCUCUGGUGGUAGUGUUCCCACCUCAGAUAGAGGUAGCUUGAGUUUUCCAAAUAUGUUUGGAAAAAAAAAAUGAUAUCUCAGUAAUAAAGGACCAUACCAUAGUUUUCUGCCUGUUACAGCCCAUAAGCCACAAGUUGUGUACACCAUAAAUUCUCAAAUAGUAGCCGGGGCCUUUAUUUUAGACUAUUUUACUUUAGACUUUAGGCCUGCUACAAUAACUACUUAUGUGGGAUGAUUUAUCGUCCCAAAAAUAAAAAUAAAAAAACAAUAGUAAGAGCAUUUUGAGACAAUUUUAUGUCACUGAUGUGAUGAUAAUAUAAUAAAAUUAUAAUAACAUAAUAAUUCAACCGCGCCCUUUCAAAGAGCAAUGAACUUUUAUUUCUUAAAGGGCCAGUGUGUAAUAUUUGGCAUGGUUUAUUGUCAAUCUGAAUCUGAAUCUGAAUAUUCUACCCAUUAAUAUGUUUAUAUAAGUGUAUGAUCGCUAUAAAAUAAAAUUCGUUUGGUUUUCGUAGCCUUAUAAUUAUGCUUUUAUUUAUAUAUAUAUAUAUAUAUAUAUAGCAAGGGCCUUGCUUUAGAGAGGUCGCCAUCUUGCGCCGCCAUGUAUGUACGGCAGACCGAGCGGACAAUCCAGCCAGCCAGAGAAUACGUUUCGCGUGUAUAAAUAAACCAACAAAGACAGCGGAAGGAAGGAAGAAGGAGGAGGAAACAGCAGAGUGUUAGUAGUUCGUCGAUAGAGAGUAGUGAAAAGUUUUUUAAGUUAUAAAGUUUGUGAAUGGACCACACUUAUCACGCAACAGGAGAGAAUGAACCCGAACCGUCAUCUGCCAGAAAAAGGAGACGCAACUUCACUCCUUGUGAUGCACUCUCUGCGGCGCUUUUCCUCCUCAAACAGGUAUGGCUCUGGGUCUGCGUCCGCUACAAGAAACUAUUCAUAAUCGCGUUCAAAGUCGUCCAUUGCAGCUACUAUAGUCCGGAGAUAUUGCUAGGCUAAAUAAACAGCUGAGCUCUGUUUACCAGCUACGCUGUCAGUCAGUGUGCGGGCUGGAGAUUGGUGGAGCAGAGAGGGAGGGGGUGCCCACUCAGUAUGGUAAACGAGUAUGUGUGUAUGGAGUGUGUCUGUUAUGCUAGAAGAGUCAGAGUUUGGGACGGAGUCUUUUACCUCCUGGAGUGUUAUCAGAGUUUUUGGAGUGCUCAAAUAAACUGGCCUUUUUCCUGAACGCUCCUCUGGUCUCCUGCUCGUGAGGGAUUCAUUACAAUAUCGCAACAUGGUUUAGAUUUCUAAAUAAAUAUUCACCUCGUCGCUAGAUAGACCUACUCCUGAAAAACUUGUGCGCAAGGCUUUUUGUCCCUAUGAGGCCGCCGUCAUUUACCCGACGGGAGGGGUGAGCGAGUGAGCCCUGCAAUCUAGAAUUUGACCACUGAUGUCACUGUUUUCAACCCAUUUUGCACACUGGCCCUUUAAGAAUAUUCAGACACUAAAUAUGAAACAUGUUUUUUAAAAACACCGUUAACACCUGCUGAUAUAAGACAGUAUCUACAGGAGAAAACAUAACUUCAAAAUAAAAGCUCUGUUCAGGAAAUUCACUGUACUUCAAAAUAAAGUUGUUUUUGGUUUUUUGGUUUUUUUCACAAACUUGACAUGUUCUCAAGUCCAUUGCGGUCCAUUCAUUAUGGACCAGCGACCCACUUUUGGACCCACCAGUUGGGAACCACUGUUCUAGAUGAUACUAAGGGCAUCCAGGGGAAUGUCAUGAGUACUUUGUCUACAUUUUCUGUUGCACAACUGAGAACACUACAAUAGAUUAAGCUCAUUUGGUUAUAAAAAAGAAAAAUGUUUUUGAGUCCACAAAAUCAGGUUCCCAUUCAGUGUCUGUGGAACAGCUCCAGACUUUAUACUCAUGACAUCACAAGUUUGAGACUUCUUCUGUUGUACUGUAGCUCAUAUUCACAAAUAUUGAUUGAACUUUCCUAGGCUAUGGAAAUUGCAUAUUGGAAUUCUAAAUUUAGAUGGUGUUCUGGUGCAUGACACCCACAUUCAUAUUAAGGUUUACUUCGCCACAAACAAACUCUGGACCUCAAUUUUUCUCCAUCUUACAGUUUGGUUCUAUUUCUAAUGAGCAUGACAGCCUCAAGGAGCUGCUAGCCUGGCGGCAGAUAUACUCUUAGUCCUGUUAGUUAAUGGGCUGUAACAGGCAAAACCAGCAGUAGCAAUGCCACUUAGAGUUGAUUUAAGCAAGCCUUUAUUGCUUCUGAAUAUCUGAUGAAGAAACGGAACAACAUUUUUACAGCAGGCUUUCUAACAGUGGGGUUUCUUCCUUGUUUUCAUUGUUUUAUAUUUCUCCAAAGGCCUGUGAUGCCAAUAACGAAGCUUUUCUGGAUUUACAGUCAUUUCUACACAGUCAGUGGAGAUAUACAUAGUGAUUCUUGACUUUGUUAGAAAAACGGUAUUACAGAGCCCAGAAGAUCAACAGUCCCCAUCCACAUGAAUUUCUUUUCUUUACACUUCAUGUUGUACCCUCUGUCACUCAGCUGUUGACGGUAGUUCCAGACAUUAUAAGUACUUUGGGGGUAUAUAAGUGUUUGUAAGUGUGUUUGGAAAGAUUAUUAUUAAUAAUACUCUGCAAGAGAUUUAGCUGCAGUGACGUAUAAUGUACAUUCUAAUUGUUAUUGCAGCAAGGAUCAAGUUUUUACAGUUUCACCUGAUCUGUUCAUAGUUCAUGAAUAAGUGGGGGAAGAUUGGAUUGGAUAUAUUCAAAGUGCACUAAUAUCCUGUUAUGUUGUGUGCUACAAUGUAUGAAUCAUGUUUUCUGUGUUGCAAGUUGUGUUUUUCAGUUUCAGUCAAGAGCAUUAAUGCUCUAAGCUGUGUAUGGAAACAGAUAAUUCCUCAGAAGAACUUAUAGUAGUAAUGAUUUAGCCAUUCAGCUGACACGUGAGGAGUGUGUUGAGAAUAAUCUGGCUAAAGCUACACUUAGAGUGCAGCAAUGAGUUACAGGUAGCCAAUGCAGACUGAGGAGUAAGUAAGAAAUGCUUGUGGUUCUCAGACAAACAUGGCUGAUUACCCACAGGAAUGGGAUUUCAAAGGCCUGAGCCGAAGCCAUUACAGAAGCAAUUAAAGUGGGAUGCGCUGGAGGCCUGCAUGGGCUUUAGCUGCACUCCAGUGUUGCAGCCUAAUGAGGCCUAAUCUGGUGAGCUGGUCUAAUUAAAAGGGAGGGAGCUUUUUCCUGUGGGCACCAUGCAGCCAGCAGUUUGUGCUCUCCGUAGCUGUCUGAGGGGAAAAAGCAAGUCAGUAAAUGCAUUGUUUUCAUCCAUGAGAAGUUCGGUAUUCCUCCAUUCUCUGUCCGUUCAAAUUAAAACAUUUAACUUGA